AUGGCAACCAGCUUUCUGCUGCGGAGUUUCUGGGCCGCUCGUCCGGCGCUGCCGCCUUCCGGCCGCUGCCGCCACCCGGCGCCCGCAGGAACCCAGCGUCGCAGCUACGCCCGCGGCCCCUCUGAGAACGAGGAGAAGAUUAAUGCGUCUUUCAACACUAAACAGAGAAGCUUCUAUGUUCAGUCGAUGGUGAUCAACAUAGAGGCCGACAAGUGGCCAAGCUGCACUGCGCCCACCUGGCGAUCAAUCCAUGAUCACGUUAGCCACAUCCCUUUGCCAUCUCGGGAGAGGAGUUUGCUACUUCGUAAAUGGUAUGACUUAAUGAUGCAAAAUAAGGACGACCUUGCCAAGAUCAUAACAGCCGAGAGUGGAAAGCCACUGAAAGAGGCCCAGGGAGAAAUUCUGUAUUCUGCCGGAUUCCUGGAAUGGUUCUCAGAGGAAGCCCGUCGUAUUUAUGGAGACAUCAUCUACACCUCUGCCAAGGAUAAACGGGCGCUGGUCCUCAAGCAGCCCAUUGGUGUGGCCGCAAUCAUCACACCAUGGAAUUUUCCUAGUGCCAUGAUCACCCGGAAAGUGGGGGCCGCCCUGGCAGCUGGCUGCACUGUGGUGGUGAAACCUGCCGAAGACACGCCCUACUCUGCCCUGGCCUUGGCACAGCUUGCAAACCAGGCAGGAAUUCCUCCAGGGGUCUAUAAUGUCCUUCCCUGCUCUAGAAUCAAGGCCAAGGAAGUGGGAGAGGCGCUAUGCACCGAUCCGCUAGUGUCCAAGAUUUCCUUUACUGGCUCAACAACAACAGGAAAGAUCCUGCUGCACCAUGCAGCAAAUUCUGUGAAACGUGUCUCCAUGGAGCUGGGCGGCCUCGCCCCAUUCAUUGUCUUCGACAGUGCCAAUGUGGACCAGGCUGUCGCGGGAGCAAUGGCAUCUAAGUUUAGGAAUGCUGGGCAGACUUGUGUUUGCGCAAACAGAUUCUUGGUACAGCGAGGUAUCUAUGAUUCCUUUGUAAAGAAGUUUGCAGAGGCAAUGCAGAAAAGCCUGCGUGUGGGUAACGGAUUCGAGGAAGGAAUAACUCAGGGCCCAUUAAUUAAUGAAAAGGCAGUAGAAAAGGUAGAGAAGCAUGUGAAUGACGCGGUUGCCAAAGGAGCCACCGUUGUGACAGGCGGGAAGCGACACCAAAGCGGGGGAAAUUUCUUCGAGCCCACCUUGCUCAGCAAUGUCAGUAGGGACAUGCUCUGCAUCACUGAAGAGACCUUUGGGCCGCUGGCGCCAGUUCUCAAGUUUGACAAAGAAGAAGAGGCCGUUGCCAUUGCAAAUGCAGCUGAUGUUGGAUUAGCAGGGUACUUUUACUCUCAAGACCCAGCCCAGAUCUGGAGAGUGGCGGAGCAGCUGGAGGUGGGCAUGGUCGGUGUGAAUGACGGACUGAUCUCUUCAGUGGAGUGUCCCUUCGGUGGGGUGAAGCAGUCUGGCCUUGGGCGAGAAGGGUCCAAGUAUGGCAUUGACGAGUAUCUAGAGGUCAAAUAUGUGUGUUAUGGAGGCUUGUAGGGCUCUUCGCUUCUCCAAAAAAAUAAUAAAACCACCUAGAUCUGUAGGGACCUGCCAUCUGCUUUUUAAAAUAAACAAGUAAGUUAUCAGA